AUGAAUGUAUCUACAUGUUGUCAAGGAGCUUUUUUUGGACAUGCUAUUGCAUCUCAACAUGAUCCAUCGACAUUGAUGGCAUUAAAUAUUAGUGAAAGUCUUCUUGAGUGUAAGAAAUUUGAUGGAUCAGACAUUUUAUCAAGACAUCUCUAUUUAUAUCAUACAAAGAAAUGUGAAAUUGGUGAAAUAACAAAAUAUGUUUAUCAGAAGGCAAUAGAACGUAUUGGUGCACAAUCGUCUAUUACUCGUGAAAAUUUUCGUUUUCAACAAUCAACUAUUGAUGAAAUUGUUAAAUUAACUCACAACAAAUACGAUGGCUAUACUGCUGCUUGUGGCCCAGCACAACGUUCAUAUCCACUUGCUUUUUGUCAGUAUAUAAAUGAUGAUGACUUAUUUGAUUGCACUAUGCUUGAAGCAAAACUAACUCAUUACAGUCCAAUUGCAGGUCAAGUAGCUGGUAUUAUAAAUCUUAUAUGUCGUUCACUUAUUAACAAUGUAAAUUGGGAUAGAGCAGUAAGUUCAGCAUUCGAAACACCUCGUCUUCAUAACGAUAUAAUAGAAGUAGCAUUGCAUCGCAACCGUAGAUCUUAUCAUGAUUUAGGAAAACCUGCAGCUUAUGCACCAACAGCACUCAAUGCUGCAUUACAUUAUGUUUCUAUAUCGCAAAAUGCAGCACAAGCAAUUGCAAAUGCUCGCGGUAAAGACAAAAAUUAUUGUGCACCUAUUGUUGGUAUAUUAGCUGGUACUCGUUGGGGAAUUCCAUUAGAAACAUAUAAAGAUAAUAUUAAUGAUUCACGAUUAAAAUCUCUUCUUGAGACAUCUAAUAAAUUAUGUGCUAUUUGGAGACCAAAGCAUGAUCAUGUAAAUGCUUGA